UUGUGUAUAUUAUAUGUUAUUAGUUGAUACAAGUUAGUGACAAAUGUGGGAUCAUUCAGUCACAGUGUAGCUCUUGCUUUCAGUAUGUUGACGAGUAACUGUAUUUAAUAUAACCUCCUAUAGCAACUUGACAACAAUUUAUGGCGAUUCGUUUGAGGUAAACGCUGUUAUUGCUUUAUUAACAUGAACAUAAUGUUAAGGUCAGACAAACGGAUCCAGUUUAACCUCGUGUUGUUUAUAUCAUAACGAGACGCGACAAUAUAAAUGCUAACUGUUAAAUGUUCAAGGCUAUUUAAAAACAGGUUACAUAUACAUGAUACAAAGUUUUGAUAACAUUGAACUUAAUAUAAAAGUUCAAAUAAAGGCAUAUUCAUAAAGAGCCUAACAUGUGGUACCUGGUUUAUACACCAGCAUAGUUUGACAGAUCCAAAGUAACGUUAUCAGUCAUCAUCCUAAUUUAAGGCAGUUGUUUGUUGUGUUGAAUUAUAAUAUCUAUUCGUUAUGGAUUUUAAAGCCCACCACCUACCAGCUGAAAAUUGGAAACCAUCAAAUAAUUUCGAAGGGAUUUAAUAGGUUGUAAUGAGAAUUAUUGGUUUUAAUGGCACUAAUUGUAUACAACACACUGUCAUUGUAUUCAAUUUCUCAGAAUAUGUUUUACUUCAUCUACUCAUGUCAUAUUUGAGACGUAUGGCAGGUUUGUAUCUAGUUACUCACCACAUGUCUACUGACCUUCCAUGUUGUCAAUAUUAUAUUGAUAGGCUGUUUGUGUGAAUUACUAUUCCCUCCCCCUUGUUUCUUACCCAUCAUGCCUGAACUUUCCCCUAGAGACACACACACACACACACACACACACACACACACACACAGUAUACAGUCUUGUGUUGUGGCUGUCAGUUGUAAAAAGAAGAUCAGUGUGCACAUUCCGGAGUAGCUCUGGAGAGACUAACUGUCUGUUUCAAGGGACACAGAAAAGCUCCCUGACCUCAAAUAUUGUAUUUUUUUUAAUGGCCAGUGCUUAGUCCGGGUAAAGUGAUUAGCGUAAAGCAUAAAGCCAGUUUAAAUGUAGGAUCCCUGUCUACAGGAACAAACAGAUGGCAUCACACACACCAAAUAGUUCAGAGGAACAGACUCUAAUGGACCAGCAAACAUCACGCACCUCAGCAAGAAAUGAGCAGGUUCCCCCAUCAACCACCGGUCAUCUCUCAGAUCAGUCUAGAGCUGCCUCCAACCGUGUUCCCAUGGUUGAGUCUGUUAGGCCCAGGUUCAGUGCUUGUGUUCAGGGUAAAAAGAGGCUGAAGUUUAUUCUGGGAGCUUCUGAGGAUAACUCCUCCGAUGAGGAGCCUGUGCUCGUUCGCCAGCCACCUAGACCUCAGCGACAAAGCACAGAGACAUCCAGGGAACCUAUCACGGCUGUAUUAGACACACAGCCAUCCCCUGCGCCGGCUCCGUCCUGCAGUUUGAGGCCUAGCAUGUCAGGACCCCACCUGCUGAAAAAAGGCAAAGAACACAGAAAAAUGGACGUGCACAGAGAUUUCACCGUCGCCUCGCCUGCUGAGUUUGUCACUCGGUUUGGAGGAAACCGGGUUAUUGACAAGGUGCUGAUUGCUAAUAAUGGGAUCGCUGCCGUUAAAUGCAUGCGGUCCAUUCGCCGCUGGUCCUAUGAGAUGUUUCGCAAUGAGAGAACCAUUCGCUUCGUGGUGAUGGUCACACCUGAAGACUUGAAAGCCAAUGCAGAAUAUAUUAAAAUGGCUGAUCAUUACGUGCCAGUUCCUGGGGGUCCAAAUAACAACAACUACGCAAAUGUUGAGAUGAUCAUAGAUAUUGCCAAAAGGAUUCCAGUGCAGGCGGUAUGGGCUGGAUGGGGCCACGCUUCAGAAAAUCCCAAAUUACCAGAGCUCCUUCAUAAAGCAGGGAUAUCUUUCUUAGGGCCCUCGAGUAAGGCCAUGUGGGCAUUAGGAGAUAAGGUUGCAUCCUCCAUUGUAGCUCAGAGCGCACACAUCCCAAUCUUGCCUUGGAGUGGAACAGGUCUGAGAGUUGAAUGGGCAGAGGAAGAUCAGAAACUUGGUCAUGUGAUCAGUGUUCCUCCUGAACUUUAUGUCCAAGGCUGUGUUAAAGAUGUGGAUGAAGGAUUAGCGAGUGCAGAGAAGAUAGGCUACCCCGUGGUCAUCAAAGCAUCGGAAGGAGGGGGAGGAAAAGGCAUUAGAAAAGUCGACAGUUCAGAAGACUUUCCUGGCUUCUUCAGACAGGUGCAGGCUGAGGUGCCGGGUUCCCCCAUUUUCAUCAUGCAGCUGGCCCAGCACGCCCGCCACCUCGAGGUGCAGAUCUUAGCCGACCAGUACGGUAAUGCCAUCUCUCUGUUCGGCAGAGACUGCUCCAUCCAGCGACGCCAUCAGAAGAUCAUAGAGGAAGCUCCUGCCACCAUCGCCUCCACCAACACUUUUGAGCAAAUGGAGCGGUAUGCAGUGCGUCUGGCUAAAAUGGUGGGCUAUGUGAGCGCUGGUACGGUGGAGUAUCUGUUCUCCGAGGACGGAAGUUUCCACUUCCUGGAGCUGAAUCCACGGCUGCAGGUAGAACAUCCCUGCACUGAGAUGAUCGCUGACGUCAACUUACCCGCUGCUCAGCUUCAGAUAGCCAUGGGCAUCCCACUUUAUAGAAUUAAGGAUGUACGUGUUUUGUAUGGUGAAGGUCCUUGGGGGGACACGCCCAUCAACUUUGACUCCCCGGAGUGCAUUCCCUGUCCACGCGGGCACGUCAUCGCUGCACGCAUCACCAGUGAGAACCCAGAUGAGGGUUUUAAGCCGAGUUCAGGCACGGUUCAGGAGCUGAAUUUCCGCAGCAGUAAGAAUGUGUGGGGAUACUUCAGUGUGGGAGCGACGGGAGGCCUGCAUGAGUUCGCAGACUCUCAGUUUGGACAUUGUUUCUCAUGGGGUGAGAACAGAGAAGAGGCCAUCUCGAACAUGGUGGUGGCCAUGAAAGAGUUGUCUAUAAGGGGAGACUUUCGAACCACUGUGGAGUAUCUCAUUAAACUCCUGGAGACCGAGAGUUUUCGGAAUAAUGACAUCGAUACUAGCUGGCUGGACCAACUCAUUGCAGAAAAAGUACAGGCUGAGCGGCCGGACACCACGCUAGGUGUAGUCUGUGGAGCUCUACAUGUCGCUGAUGCUAGUUUCAGAGAGAGCAUGUCUGAGUUUCUGCAUUCACUGGAGAGGGGUCAGGUGUUGCCGGCUGUGAGUCUGGUCAACACAGUGAAUGUUGAUCUAAUCUACGACGGAGUCAAAUACUCCCUCAAGGUGGCCCGCCAGUCACCCACCACAUACGUCAUCAUCAUGAACGCGUCAGAUAUUGAGGUGGACGUCCACAGGCUCAGUGACGGUGGUCUCCUUCUGUCAUAUGGUGGAAGCAGUUACACAACCUACAUGAAGGAGGAGAUAGACAGCUACCGCGUCACAGUGGGAAACAAAACGUGUGUGUUUGAGAAGGAGAGAGACCCCACGGUGCUCAGGUCGCCCUCUGCUGGCAAGCUGUUGCAGUACGUGGUUUCUGACGGUUCUCAUGUUUUGGCAGGGCAGCCUUACACAGAGAUUGAGGUUAUGAAGAUGGUGAUGACACUGCAUGUGAAGCAGUCUGGUUGUGUUCACUUUAUAAAGAGACCUGGAACAGUGUUGGAACCCGGAUGUGUGGUGGCCCGCAUGGACCUGGAUGACCCCAGCUGUAUUCUGCAGGUGAAGCCGAACACAGAAGCAUUACCUUCCCAGGAGCCUCUGCCUAUUAUAGGAGAGAAGCUUCACCAGGUGUUCCACAGUGUUCUGGAGAAUCUGGUGAAGAUUAUGGAUGGGUACUGUCUACCAGAGCCAUACUUCAGUGAUAAACUGAAGAAGUGGGUCGACACGCUGAUGAUGUCCCUCAGGGAUCCGUCGCUGCCUCUUCUUGAACUCCAGGAGAUCAUGACCAGUGUGGGAGGCCGCAUACCCAUCACUGUAGAGAAGUCAAUCCGAAAGGUCAUGGCACAGUACGCCAGUAACAUUACUUCUGUGCUUUGUCAGUUCCCCAGCCAAAGGAUAGCAAAUAUCUUGGACAGCCACGCAGCCACACUCCAGAGAAAAGGUGAUCGUGAGGUUUUCUUCAUGAACACUCAAAGUAUCGUUCAGUUAGUGCAGAGGUACCGCAGUGGCAUUAGAGGUUAUAUGAAAUCUGUAGUGCUGGAUCUGCUGAAACGUUACCUGCAGGUGGAGAUGCAAUUUCAGCAAGCACACUAUGAUAAAUGUGUGAUCAACCUCAGAGAGAAAUAUAAGCCUGAUAUGACUCCAGUAUUGGAGUGCAUCUUCUCCCACUCUCAGGUGUCCAAGAAGAAUAUUCUAGUCAUCAUGCUCAUAGACCAGUUGUGUGGACGGGACCCGACUCUUGCUGACGAGCUCAUGGUGAUUCUGAAUGAGCUCACACAACUCAAUAAAAUGGAUAACUCGAAAGUGGCUCUCCGGGCAAGACAGGUGUUGAUCGCCUCUCAUUUACCCUCAUAUGAACUGCGACAUAACCAGGUGGAAUCCAUCUUUUUAUCAGCUAUUGAUAUGUAUGGACAUCAGUUCUGUCCCGAGAACCUCAAGAAACUAAUCCUAUCUGAGACCUCCAUCUUUGAUGUCUUGCCCAGCUUCUUCUAUCACAUCAACCGGGUGGUUUGCAUGGCUGCCUUAGAGGUGUACGUCCGAAGGGGCUACAUCGCUUACGAGCUGAACAGCCUACAGCAUCAUCAGCUACAGGAUGGGACGUGCGCAGUGGACUUCCAGUUCAUGUUACCAUCAUCCCACCCAAACAGAGACACUACCGUCACACCGAGCCAACCCAAGUCCAAACCCACAGGGAGCAGUCCUACUUUGAACAGAGUUUCUGUUCCUGUAAGCGGUUCAGGGGAGUCAAUGCGUCGACAAGGCAGUGAGCUCUUCCUGGAGGGGGCGCUGUCGCCCCCAUGUCAGAGAAUGGGAGCAAUGGUUGCCUUUAAUAGUUUUGACCAUUUCAAAAGGUGUUUUGAUGAAGUGAUUUUCUGCUUUGCUGAUCCACCGUGCGAGAGUUCUCUGUUUUCAGAGACUUUUUCCAGCUUCUCUGAUGAGGAUAGCUGUAAGAACAUGAAGGAAAACCCCAUACACAUCAUUAAUGUGUCAAUCAAACAAGCUGACACUGAAGAUGAUGACGCUCUUGUUUCAGCGUUUACAACCUUUGCUCAGUCUAAAAAAAAUCUGCUGCAUGAGUAUGGAAUCAGAAGAAUCACGUUUUUAAUUGCACAAAAGCGAGAGUUCCCGAAGUACUUUACCUUCAGGGCCAGAGAUGAAUUCCAAGAGGACAGAAUCUAUCGUAAUCUGGAGCCGGCUCUGGCGUUCCAGCUUGAGCUCAACCGCAUGCGUAAUUUCGACCUGACGGCCGUGCCCUGCGCCAACCACAGAAUGCAGUUGUACCUGGGUGCUGCCCGUGUGGAGGAGGGGGCCGAGGUCACAGACUAUCGUUUCUUCAUCAGAGCCAUCAUCCGGCACUCUGACCUCAUCACCAAGGAGGCGUCAUUCGAAUACCUUCAGAAUGAAGGAGAGAGGUUGUUGCUAGAGGCGAUGGAUGAGCUAGAGGUGGCUUUUAGUAACCCACUCACUCGUACCGACUGCAACCACAUCUUCCUUAACUUUGUGCCCACAGUUAACAUGGACCCCUCUAAGAUAGAAGAGUCUGUCCGUUCCAUGGUCAUGCGGUACGGCAGUCGUCUGUGGAAGCUGCGUGUGCUCCAGGCUGAACUGAAGAUCAACAUCCGCCUCACCACCACCGGCGACGCCAUUCCCGUCCGCCUCUUCCUCACUAAUGAAUCCGGAUACUAUCUUGACAUCAGCCUGUACAAGGAGGUCACUGACUCCACUACUGGACAGAUCAUGUUUCAGUCAUACGGAGACAAACAAGGUCCACUGCAUGGCAUGCUCAUCAACACGCCGUAUGUCACUAAAGAUCUGCUCCAGGCCAAACGCUUUCAGGCUCAGACCCUAGGCACCACAUACGUCUAUGACUUCCCUGAGAUGUUCAGACAGGCUUUGUUUAAGCUUUGGGGACCAGGAGACAGUUACCCACAAGAUGUGUUGAUGUGUAAUGAGCUGGUCCUGGAUUCUCAAGGCAGUCUCGUGCAGAUGAACAGACUGCCUGGAGACAAUGAGGUUGGAAUGGUGGCCUUCCGAAUGAAGAUGAAGACUCCAGAAUACCCAGAAGGCCGUGACAUCAUUGUUAUCUGUAACGAUAUCACUCAUAUGAUUGGCUCAUUCGGACCGCAGGAGGAUCAGCUGUUUUUAGAGGCAUCUCAACUGGCCAGAGCGGAAGGCAUUCCACGAAUCUACAUUUCAGCCAAUAGCGGAGCUCGAAUCGGUCUGGCGGAGGAGAUCCGCCAAAUGUUUCAGGUGGCGUGGAUUGACCCCGAUGACCCCUAUAAGGGCUUUAAGUACCUGUAUCUGACCCCGCAUGAUUACACUCGCAUCAGCUCGUCCAACUCUGUCCAUUGUCGCCAUGUGGAGGAGAAUGGAGAGUCAAGGUACAUCAUCACAGACAUCAUUGGGAAAGAAGAGGGGCUCGGCGUGGAGAAUCUGAGGGGUUCAGGCACCAUAGCUGGAGAAACCUCUCAGGCCUAUAAGGAGGUCAUCACAAUCAGCAUGGUGACAUGUCGUGCUAUAGGAAUAGGGGCAUAUCUGUUGCGUCUUGGACAGAGAGUGAUUCAAGUGGAAAAUUCCCACAUCAUCUUGACCGGGGCAGGAGCAUUAAACAAGGUGCUGGGUCGUGAGGUUUAUACCUCCAAUAACCAGCUGGGAGGAGUGCAGAUCAUGCACAAUAAUGGAGUGACACACACAACCGUGCCAGAUGAUUUUGAAGGGGUGCUUACAAUCCUACAGUGGCUCUCAUAUAUGCCAAAGGACAAUCAAAGUCCAGUCCCAAUAAUGCCUUCGAUUGAUCCAGUAGAAAGAGAGAUCGAUUUCGUUCCCACCAAAGCCCCUUACGACCCCCGCUGGCUCCUUUGUGGACGACCUCAUCCCACUGUGAAGGGAACAUGGCAGAGUGGAUUUUUCGAUCACGGUUCUUUUAUGGAGGUGAUGGCCACCUGGGCUCAAACUGUGGUCGUGGGGCGAGCGAGACUUGGUGGGAUUCCUCUUGGGGUCAUCGCCGUGGAGACCCGUACCGUUGAAGUUGCGAUUCCCGCAGACCCGGCUAACUUGGAUUCAGAGGCAAAGCUGGUGCAGCAGGCUGGUCAAGUGUGGUUUCCAGACUCGGCAUAUAAAACUGCUCAGAUUAUUGAGGAUUUCAACAGGGAGAAACUUCCACUAAUGGUGUUUGCUAACUGGAGAGGCUUCUCUGGAGGAAUGAAGGACAUGUAUGACCAGGUACUGAAGUUUGGUGCUUAUAUCGUGGAUGCGCUGCUAGAGUUUAGUCAGCCUGUUCUGGUGUACAUCCCUCCCCAUGCCGAGCUGAGAGGAGGAUCAUGGGUCGUGAUCGACCCCACUAUUAACCAGCAACACAUGGAGCUUUACGCGGACAGAGAGAGCAGAGGGGGAGUUCUGGAGGCUGAAGGCACUGUGGAGAUUAAAUUCAGAAAGAAAGAUCUGCUGAAGAGCAUGGGAAGGAUCGAUGCUGUGUAUUCCAGCCUAGCCGAGCAGCUUGGUAAGCCAGAGUUGUCAGCCCAAGGGCGUAAAGACUUGGAGGCCAAACUGAAGGCCCGAGAGGAGUUCCUUCUUCCUAUCUACCACCAGGUGGCAGUUCAAUUUGUGGACCUCCAUGACACACCAGGGAGAAUGCAAGAAAAGGGCGUCAUCACGGACAUCGUGAACUGGAAGAAUGCGAGGUCAUUCUUUUACUGGCGUUUGCGGCGUCUGCUGUUGGAGGAAGUGGUUAAGGGGGAGAUCCUGCAGGCCAAUAAAGACCAGAGCAAUGGGCACAUUCAGUCAAUGCUGCGCCGCUGGUUCUUGGAAACAGAAGGCACUGUUAAAGCAUACCUGUGGGACAAUAACAAAGUGGUGAUCGAGUGGCUGGAAAAUCAUCUCUUGCAGCAGGAAGGAACACAUUCUGUCAUUAGAGAGAACAUCAAGUACUUGAAGAGGGACUACGCUCUCAAACACAUCCGCAGCUUAGUUCAGGCCAACCCAGAGGUGACUAUGGACUGCAUCAUCCACAUGGCACAGAACAUCACUUCAUCACAGAGAGCCAAAAUCUGCCACCUGCUGACCACCAUGGACAACUCCACUACCAGCUGAUCUCAUCCAAACAUAACAAAAAAUGUAAACAGAGAAACAUUUACUUACACUACACAGGGACAGGACUGAGUUUAGUGUUUACCACAUUUUAAUAUUUUAAAUAAGAAAAGUAAAAACCAUAAAAACUAGAGAUGAAAAAGGGAGAGUUUGGAUCAGAGCAUUGGCCUCAAAAGCACCACUUCAGGUGUUCAGAGGACAUCUAGUGUACUUCACUUAUCACAGUGCACACUUGCUGUUUGUGACGUACAGUGGCCACCUUAGGAUACACGUUUUCCACAUGAGCAAAGUAAUAUUGCCUUGCACAUCUUGCACAUACAUGCUUACUGCCAAUAGAACCAGUAUAGUGUUUACCUGUAGCUCAUCUAUGUGUCAUUGAUAUGAAAAUAUGCGACAAAUGAAUGUAAAAUCAAUCAUACUUAAUAUUAUCUUUUAAGGGAAUCAACGAUAUUUAGACAGUUGGCUACACAUUGCUUGAUGUUUCUCAGGAAUAUCUGACAUAAUUAAGCAAAACAAACUAGAUUGUUUGUAAAGUAAAGUAGAGUAAAGUUACAGUAUUAUACCUAAAUAGAAUCACUGUGCCUUUUCAAAUAGGAUUGUUUGCAUUUGUGUAAAUGUCAGUAAUUGUUAAUAAUGUCAUUUUUUAAAUGAUAGAAAUGAACAAAGAUCAAAUUUUAUAAUGCUUUAUGAAUUGGUCAUGUAUUCAUUAAGCGUGAUGUAGUACUGCCACUGUAUGUGUGUUUGUAUAUUUACAUUCUUAAUACGAGUGCACAUUUCACUUGACUACUGGAAGUAUUUCAGUUCAUAUGAAUGCAGCCAUAUGGGCUGGAUAUGUGAACUGAUAUAAGAAUAAAGCUCUGGUACUGUACUGGACUGGACACAAUAGUCUAAAGAAGUCUUUGUCAGCAGUUUUUAAAAGAUGUGUGUGUUCUUAUGAGACCAGAAACUAAGCUGGAAUACCAGUCAAAGUGUCUUUUUUGUUGGCUGUCUAUCAGGAUGGUUUUAAAUGAAAUAUAAAGCUAUGCAUACUUAAAUCA